AUGUCGACCCCCGAGGACCUCGUGCCCCGGUUCAAGCUCGAGCGCUUGCUCAACCAGGACCAAGCAGGCAGGAGGACCUCGCUCUGCGGCACCAUUGACGGCCAGCCAGCCUUACUGGUUCUGGAGCGUGCGCCCUUCCCCAAUUCCCAUGACUACCUUGGAUCGAUUGCCGGCAGCCUCCGCACGCUCAAGAACUUAGGCGCCAAUGACAUCUAUCACUGGUACAUGGCCAGCAGCGGCGCCUUUGCCCACGCACAGAGCGAUGAUGACUUUGCCGACCUGAAGAUCAACUUGAUAUAUCCGUGUACGGAGCAACACAUCAAGAAGUACAGCAAACAAGGGGUCCGCUUCGUGAACGAGACACCCGAGAUCUACAGGGACAGGAUCCGGCCGCACAUGCAGGCCAAACGGGACGAGGGCCGGCUGAACUGGGUCUUCAACAUCAUCGAGGGACGCAAGGAGGUCGAGGACGUCAUUUACAGGACGCCCCUCGGUGAGGCUGGGGACGAGGGCUUCCUCCUACUGCCAGAUCUGAACUGGGAUAGGAAGACAACAGAGGCUCUGCAUUUGCUGGGCAUAGUGGAACGCCGCGACAUCUGGAGCUUGCGAGACCUCAAGGUCAAGCACAUACCUUGGCUCGAGCACAUGAAGGCCAAGUUCAUCGAGGCCACCGAGAAGGUCUACCCUGACAUCGAGUCCGACCAGUUGAAGUUAUAUGUCCACUACCAACCAACGUACUACCAUUUUCACAUCCACAUCGUCCACGUGGCCCUCGAGGCCGGCGCGACACAGGCAACGGGGAAGGCGAUCGGGCUGGAGAGCAUAAUCGAGCAUCUGAAGAGCAUGGGCAACGACCAGGAGAAGGGCAUGGACUCGGUCUCGUUGGGUUACACGCUUGGAGAGGCUAGCGAACUGUGGACGGAUAUAUUUGAGCCGCUCAAGCGCGGUAUUUCUUCUCAAUCUCCAGCACCAGGUCGUUGA